AUGCUCAGCAGCACAGUGGAAAAAGAAACUGUAACCAUGCUAAAGAGCCCAGCAACAAGUUCGGUGGAAGGAGAGGUGUUGGAUCCUGCAACUUGCACUGCAUUCGAGGGAGUGACCAAAAAGCACUUUGGAAGCAAAACCUUUCGGGUGGCCUUAGAGGAUGGGGUCCUUCUGUGCAAUCUGAUCAGCACGCUUAAACCAGGAAUCAUCAAGUGCGUGAACAAGCACUCCACUCCCAUCGCAGGCUUGGAUAACGUAAAUGUGUUUCUCAAGGCUUGUGAGAAACUAGGUCUCAAUGAAGCUCAGCUCUGUCAUCCUGGAGACCUGCAGGAUGUGUCCAACGGAGUGACUGUCAGGCGUAAAGAGACCAGCAGGAGACAGAAAAAUGUUUUAAUCACCAUAUAUUGGUUGGUUAGGAAGGCCCAGGCUGACCCUUUUUACACUGGACCACUGCUAAACCUGAAAGCCUUUGUAGGUUUGCUGGGCAUAGCAUUAUCCAAGGCUCUAGAGGAGUACUGUAAGUCAAGUGUGAGGGACAGUGGCUACGCAGAGGGCUGGUUCUCUGACAGGGAGGAUCUGUUCAGUCUGAAGCAGCUGAGCUACAGGAGAGAAGACUCCGUUGAGAGCCUGGAUUCAUUGGAGUCUCGCACACUCAGUUUGGCAUCAGACAGCACCCUCAGAGCUGGCAGUAAAGGUUGCUGUAGUGACACAGAACAUUGCUUUAGGAUGGCAGAAAGCAGUAAGAGUGACUUUACAAGCAGAGAGAGUGUGCACAUCCCGUCUGCUCUGAGGAAGAGGGCUGAACACCAGGAGGGCAGGGGUUGCACAGGCCCCCUCAUUAGUGAAAGUGGGAAGGGCUUAUGCCAUGACCUCCCUCCUGCCUCUGCCUUCCUCCAAUGGGCGAGCAGUUACCAGAGUGACAGUGACUCUGACUUGGACCGCCCUGAACCAGACCUUGUGCAGGACGACCUAGCCAGUCGCAGAUUUCGCUCUGUAAACUGUGUGGCACCUAUGAAUUUUGCAAUCCCUUCAAAACCAAGGGGUCUCAAAGUGACCCCUAUGGGGACCCCAAGUGCUGGGAAGUCAUGGCUUACCUUGUCAGAUGCCUCACGGCUGGCUGCAAUGCCACCGCAGAGAUCAAACCAGAGUGUGUUGUCCUCCCUACCCUCUGGAAAUGGACAGACUGAUUUGGAAACAGACACUUUAGAGGAAGAGUUUCUUCAUAGAGCACUGAAUGAUGGCAUGAGUGACUCUGAUGAGGACCACGGAUAUGCUGAUCCUGUGCUGGACGACCUUUACGCUCGGCGGGUGCUUCUAGCUGAACAUCAGACCUCCAUCAAUGCCGAUUCUGACAAGUUUCUACCCAAAUACUGGACACCGGAGGAAGAUCUACAAGUUAAAAAGAUCAGGCUAGGGUCCCAGCGCAGGCCAUGGUACAGGAAGCUGCAAGGCUUCAGCAAAAAGACAUCUGGUUCGUCUGAGGAUGACUCUGAUUUUGACAUCAGUCCUUGGCUAGUUGCACCUGCUCGAACCUUCUCACCUGCUCCAAGUUCCCCACACAAAUUUUGAGACUCGGUCCUAUACACACCUCAUACUCAUUUCAAAACCUUGAAAUCCAUACUACUUUGUGCACAUUGUAUGAUUAAAGAUGAAAUGUGUAAUUUCUGCACUAAGCCAGUUUGCAAUUCUGCUAGUGCCACAGAAAUUACACACUUCACCUUUUAACAAGAGCCAAAUACAUUUGAGGAAGGAUAUUGUAACACUAAUUAAAGGGGUCAUGACAUGCAUAUUUUUUAUUUUCUUAUUUGAGGUUCACUUAUAACAUUGACUGUUUUUUGGGUAUAAAACUUUAAUGUAGUAUUACAAUUAUCUUUGGCCCUCUGUCUGAAACGCUCUGUUUUCUGUGUACUUCACCUUUAAGACACAUCCACUGGUUGGUUAAUUUGACCAACAUCAUUGAAAAUCAAAUGCCCUCCCGACAUUACAAGUGUGAAACUGUAUUUGCCAAGAAUGGAGAAUGAAAACUUGUAAGUGAUUCACGAAAUCCCCUAAAAGCACUCAGUCCAGGCAAUCAUUGCUAGAUACAGUAUAUGUUCCAUUUAUGUAAAGCACACAAUCAAACUACAACAGUUUGACUGAAAUAACAACAGAAAAUGGAGCACAAUCGUCACACUGUUUCUCCCUAAUCCUUCUGUGGCAUACAAGAUUUGGUGAUACAAUAAUGCCAUGUAAACAUAGAAAAUAGUCGAACACAAGCUGCGAAUGUGAAGGGUUAAUGUAUUUCCAGCUGUAGGGAGUGUUAAGGGAUGGUCAGCCCUGUUUGAUCCCCUGGCUUCAAAACAUGUCCCGUUAGGAAAUAAGGGAUGUUCGCUGGCUGGGGAAUGAUUCAUCGGUCGACCCGGGGAGGGAGUCUCCCUCGAUUAAUUUGCUUAAAUACGGGAAAAUGGGCAUCAUGAUGCGUUCAUUUCGGCCAAAAUGCAUGACAUCAUGGCUAUAAUGAGACAGAUGGGAAAGCAGGCAGCUUUACUACCAUAUACUUCAUUGUUUUUCGAUGCGCUCCACGUUCUUCUGCCAUGUUUAAAUAAUUUAAUCUAAAAUCAAUUGUGAGGAAUUAUGUAUUUCUUUGGUAAGUAACCAUGUAAUAAGCACAAUCCGUUCCCCUUUAGAAACAUGAUCAUGGUUUAUUUUGUGAUUUAAAGACGGCUGACAAUACAAUUCCUUGCAUAAAAAACAAACACAGGCAGAUGAAACUUUGUUUCACUUGUGUAAGGGGGUUCAGUGGAAAGGAGGCGGCGAGAACCGGCUUAAUAAUAUAAAUAAUAAUUUAAUAAACAACUUAAACAAAACACACAACUAUAAACACACAGUACAGCUGUCUGUAAUUCUCUCUCUCUCUCUCUCUCUCGAACUGUCGUCCCCGGCCGCCUUUAUCCCUCGCGCGCCCCAUCAGGCUGAUUGGGGACCGGGUGUGUCUCAUUCCAGCCCGGCCCCGCCCUCCUCGGCUCUACAACUUGUUACUCACCGGCAUUAGGCCUACCGUUAUGUCCAAUAUUGUUGCCACUGCUACAUAUUUCAAUACAAGUUUCAUUGCAAAACCUGAAUCCUUGGUUCUCAGAACAAUUAAUUUAAUCCAUGAAUCAAAAUAAUCCAAACAUUUGAAUCCAAACUCCUUUUGAAGGCUAUGCAGAGAUGCAGUUUUUCCCCAACCAGGAACACAACAAUGUCUGGGGACCUAAUUUUACUCUUUUCACUGGUUAAAAGCAAACUACAGUUACAAUAGUACCAUUUUCAGUAUUGCAGUAUCACAGCCACUUUCUCUCUCUGUCAACUAACUUGCCACGUGGACUACGUGUGUUGUGGAGGUGGGAACAGUGCAAAUGACACUACACUGUAACGUCACAAUGUAGCUGAUUUCAAAACUAGUUGUUUUUGCAGGGUGGAAACAAUAAAUGCUCUUUUUGGACUGGAGAGGAAUCUGAGUUUUUAUGUUUUUUAUUGCAUAAUGAACUCUUGUCAAAAUGUCAAGGAAAAUUUGAUUCCUAAUGUCAUGACCCCUUUAAAUGCAGACAAUGCUUGUAUAAAAAUAAUCUAUUUUGGUCUUGAAUGAGUUUUAUUUUUUGGCCCAUUCUAUUUGUUAAAACCUUGGUUUGGAACAAAUUGAUGCAGCAGUGAUUAAGCAAGUACAAGCAAUUUAUACAGCAUAUACCAUGUAUGUUUGCCCAAAAAGUUUGCUUCCUUUUUAGUGGAGUCUGAUUUAAGCCUGAUGUAGCAAUUGUGGCCAUUUGGAGCAUAUAACAUUUUCCUAAUUUGGGAACAUCCAUCUAAUCUAGGAGCCUGACCUGUUCAUUUUAAUAUUUGACCCCCACCCCAUUUAUGUCCAGGUUUGAGAUGAAUUUGCUCAAGCUGUGUAUGAUUUAAGUGAAAAUGAUCUGAGCAGGUCCACUUCUGCCAUUAAAUGUUAAGGGCUACAAGUGAAGGAUCUCCAUCAACAUAAAUGGGGGAAGGCCCUUCCUGUGUUUGUUUCUUAAACAGAUUUUGGCCGACAAAAAAUGAUAAUGAUUUUGCUUCAUUGUUUUCAUAAAUGUGGAACAAAUUCUAUAUGUUUCAAAAUCUGUAGUAGUAUGAAGUUCCUCUUGUUAUAUUAUUUGUUGUGGCUCUCUGGCAUGUCGCGGUCUGAAGUCAAGCAAUUUCAUUACUGAAAUGUAACUUCUGUGUGCCAGUAAAUAUACCAGCUCAGAAACGCGUCAUUUGUGUGAAUUUGACUCUCGCUCACUUGCCAGCAUGACUUGUGUAUGUCUUGUUUAAAUUACUACACAUAGAUCUGAAAGCACACUCAGCUUAAAGAUCCAGCUUAAACACCCCUCUAAAACCAGCAAGGGCAGUCCUGCAAAGUUCAGUAUUUUAUUUAUUAUGAGGUGAGCUUUUAAAGUCCUUUUAUGUCUUUGUUCAAAUGUCUUUCCUGUUUCAUUCCUAAAAUACCUCUGAAGACAAACUUUUUUUAUUUAUUUCUUUAUUAAUUUUUUUUUAUCCACUUUUCUCCCAAUUUGGAAUGCCAAUUCCCACUGCUUAACAGGUCCUCGUGGUGGCGUGGUUACUCACCUCAAUCCGGGUGGCGGAGGACAAGUCUCAGUUGCCUCCGCUUCUGAGACAGUCAAUCUGGGCAUCUUAAGAUGUGGCUUGCUGUGCAUGACACCACGGAGACUCGCAGCAUGUGGAGGCUCAUGCUACUCUCCGCGAUCCACACACAAUUUACCACAUGCCCCACUGAGAGCAAGAACCCCUAAUCGUGACCACAAGGAGGUUAUCCCAUGUGACUUUACCCUUCCUAGCAACCGGGACAAUUUGUUUCACUCAGCCUCAGUUUGUCACUCAGCACACCCUGGAUUCAAACUCACGACUCCAGGGGUGGUAGUCAGCGUCAAUAAUCGCUGAGCUACCCAGGCAGCCAUAAACGGUUUUCUUUUUUUUUUUUUUUUUUUUUUUUUUAAGGCUAGUUAGAGUGCUCUGUAUUUGCCGAGUUAAUCCUCUCUUCCUCUGUAUGAGGAAAAAUGUAUACCUUACUAUAAAGACUUUCCAUGGUUCCCCAGAUUGCCCAUGAGACGAUCCUGUUAAAUUGGGUGAGUUCAGGGUUUUUGAUGUUGCUUCACUGGUGGCCUUGUCAUUUUGUGCUAGCAAAUAGCUGCUUCUCUUUUGCAUUUGUGAUUUUGUGAUGUGAGCUUUAUUUCUUAAAACUCACUCCUCUAGUAAGUUCAUCCUUAUACAAAGUUACACAAGGGAAUCACUAUAGACCAUCAUGUAACAUUUUCCGAAGUGCUGGAUGUUACAAAGCAUUGCCUCGCUUGUAGUGUCGCCUGCAGUGCAUAAGCUUAUCUCAUUGUUAAUUAUUCCUGCAACAUUUUUCAUAAGGUAUUUUCUUAAUGAGCAAUGUGUAAGCAAAUUGGGAAUGCUUAUCUGAGUUAUGUGUUUGAGUUUCUGUUGGUUUAUCUCUGUUUGCUUUUCGCUGCUGGUUGCAGUCUUGGCUUUGUGUCGCAGCUCAUGCAGAGACAGGUACAGUAUCAGGUCUCAUUUAACUUCUAGAUGUCAGUAUAACACAAUUAUUCUUGUUUUAAAAGCCAGCAGUUGCUCAUCUUUUGGUCUUGUGUAUAGAUAUGUUCUGAUUUAUGUUCUAACUCUGUACUACCACCCAACAGGAGCAAAUCAAUGGGUGACAUUACACUAGAGCCCAUAUUACAGGAAUCUGACAACUGCUCCAACUUUGACCUACUGGGGUCAUGGCAUAUUCACCAGAGAUCUGUUGGGGAGCUGACCCUUGACCCCUCAGCCAUGCAGAGGGUUCAACAGGAGCAGUUACAGAGCAUCCGAAUCGGAAUGAAGGAAAGUGAAGCCAAGUGGCAUGAAGUGUCAAUUGUUUAACACAAACAUUCUCCUCAUCUGCCAUUAUUUGGACAAGUAGUCUGACCCCAAACUUAUUCCAUUGGUUUAGCCAGUGAUGUUAAUGUCUGGCCCGGUUGGUCCGCUCAGGCAAACAGAUUCCGAUUCUGUUUGAUGUUGCGAUUUUUAAUACUUAACACUUAACACUCCUAUUAUGUUGAAAAAUUGGGUUCACCCUUUAAGGUAUGACCAUAUUUGGUUUCAAUGCAAUUCACCUGAAAUCACACUAUGAAAAACAGCAAAGAAUCUGGUGAAAACAGUAACAAAGAUACAUCAAAUAAAUGUUUUAUUUUGUGUAUGUAAAAGUAGCUUUGAACAUAAAAUAAAGCAGAUCAAAUUGACAUGCAAACAUUGUUGUAUACAAUUUUUUACAGCCUUUCCAAAACACAUCUGUGUGUUCACACCUUGCAUGCACAUGCAUGACCUGAAAUUAGGGAAAGUCACAAAAUUUGGAUCGUUCCGUGGACAAAAUAUUGAUCAAAUAUCUUGAGUGACAAAAGAGAAACUCCAGUCUGCUCAAAUUUUAAAAGAUAUGUGGAAGGUGCUCUAGAAGUAGAUUCCAAGACACUUCAGUUCUUAAUUAAAACAACCUUUAUUAAGUUGGCUAUUUCCUAUUAGAAACCAUUUAAAAACUGUCAUCAGUAAAAAAAAAAAUUAAAAAAAAAAAUGUGGGAUUGCAAUCCACAUUUCUCUUUUUUGCUGUUGACAGUUGUUAAGUUGUUUCUAAAAUGAAAUGGCCAACUUAAUAAAGGCAGAUUUAAUUAAGAACUAAAGAGUGCCUUGGAACCUACUAGAUGAAUUGAUACAUUUCUGUCCAAGAACUUUAAGUAUACAAAGCACCCCAAACAACAUGAGUUGUGAAAAAUCUGAGCUUUAUACAGCUUUAUACCAUUUGUGCCAUUGAAGAGAUGGUAAGUCUAUCCCUCACAGCCUCGUUGUCAUUCCCAUUAAAAAUCAAAGAUAGCACUAGCGUGAAUAAGGUCUAUUGGUUGAGUAACGUUGUUAGGGCGGGUCUAAGUGGGUCGCCUUAAACAAACAGAGCUGGGUUUCCCAAAAGUAUCACAAGCUUAAGUUGAUCGUAGAGACACGCAUGGUUUCUACAAUCUACUUAGGCUUACAAUGCUUUUGGGAAAUGCAGCCCAGAGACAUUUUCAAAGUUCCACAGAAAGACAGAUCUUACAGUUUUCAAGAAAAUUAACAUAUGAGUGGCUGACUUAUUGUUGUCUCGCAUAGUAAGCUUGGAUAGGAGAAAGUAUUUUAACACAGAAAAAUAUUACAUAAGCAUCAACUUUUUGUGUUUGAUAUAUUGGGAUUGCCACUGUAGGGGGCCUUAGUUAGUCAAAGGUUUGUUUUUGUUUUUUUCUUUCUGUUUACCACAGAGAUAUUUAUUUUGCCCAUCUUCUAGGUCAUUCACACAUUACUCAAAUGCUAUAGUCUGGCAGAUCAUUUUUACCUGUCACUGUAUAGUCAGUUUUCACCUGUCACUUUAGGAUCUGAGCAGGUGAAAGAGCCAACACCAGAGCACAAACUGUGACCUCCACAGGAAGUGAGAGAAGAGGGAGCAAAUUGAGCUCAUUACCAGUGGUGGAGGGAGUAGUGCUGUCAAGACUGCACAGCUCGCUAGGGUGCCAGAGGAGAGUCCACAGGAGACCACAAGCAGCCACAUGCUUGCCACACAGGUGCAGCCUCACACCAGUGCGACAGAUCCCUCUUACACCCAGUGCACCUCCAGUAGAUCCCUUCCCAAUCUGUAUCCUCCAACCCGGGGAGAGAGGACCCACCUUGGCUCUCUGACUUCAGAUCAGGUGUUCACACCUGUUGCUGGUUCUUUACUCUCUACUUGUUCCAAUAUGCCUGGACUCAUGAGUGAUGCUGGGUCCAGUAUUACCAGCAAUGGGCUGACUGUGUGGUCCACCACCUCUGCUUCAACAUUACAAACGGCAUGUCUUCUGCUCUGACCAGUGACAUUAAUGCAGAGACACCUGACUCAGCCCAAAAGAGCACCAGUAAAGUCUUCAGUACACCAGCAGCUGUCAGCCCUGAACAGAGUUCACCCACCAGUCUGACCGUCUCUGAUCCAGAGCAGUUGGGUCCAGACUUGAAUCAUCGCGCCUGCCCCUUGGAGAACUUUUAUGCAUGGGGAACGCGGAUGUCUGCUACUCUACAUAGAGGUUUUAGAAGGUCAGAAGGUUGUUCAUGGCUCACAACAGGUGUCACACCCCGGCCGUUUGGAGCCAAACCCUCCAAAGUGUCCUCACUGCCUAGAGUAUAUGGCGUAAGUGGCCAUAUUUAUGCUACCUACAGUAAUACUUGUGUUUUCUUCUUCAGCAAUGUCUGGAUUUCCACUGCCGGUCCAGUAUUCAUGUAUUGGCAUGCUUUCACUCACAGUGGGGGCUUGUGAUUUUUGACCCAUUUGAUUUGCUGUUUGUGGCUGUUUCACAUGGUCUACAGUGUCUGUCUGAUUUAAAAUGCAGAUUCAACUACAUUCUCUCUAAUCUGGUGCUUUGUGUCUUUGUUUAUAUAUUGUAGUUUUCUCUUACAUUAUACUUCAAGGAGUAGUUCCCCCAAAGAUGCUAAUUCUCUCAUCAUUUACUCACCAUUAUGCCAUCUCAAACCCGUAUGACUUUCUUCUGCAGAUUACAAAGUUUUUUUGACCAUAAAUCUUAACAUUUACAGUCUCCUUGGCGCCAUCAUGAUUUUAAGCUUGAUGCAUCAAGAGCGAGGAAGAGUCAAGAUUUAUAGUGAAAAAGAAGUUACAUUUUGGUCUGUUUCUAAACCCAAAACCAUUCGUAUCACUUCAGAAGACAUAGAUUAAACCACUCGAGCUGAAUGGAUUACUAUAAUGCUGCCUUUUGUCCUUUUUUGAUCUUGAAAGUGUUGGACCCCACUUACUUGUUUUGUAUGGACAAAAACAUCUCAUCUCACCAUCAAUAUAUCUAUGUUAGUGUUCCGCAGAAAGUCAUAAGAGCUUGAGACAGCUUAAAGGUGAGUACCCUAAAUAAUGAGAGAAUUAUAAUUUUGGGGUGAACUAUUACUUUAAAUGCCCCAUGAAAUCAAAAUUGGAGUUGUAUGGCAUUUAGUCCAUGCACUGGUGUAGCCAUGGGUGGGCCUGGGUGGUCUGGUGCCACCCAAUGCCAUUCAGGCCCACACAAUCAUUGUCCUAUGCCCCUUUUCCACUAACAACAGAGGUUGUUGGGCUGGAUAAUGUCAACAUCAAAGCUUUCAAAACAACAGCAGCUCAAAAAACAAAACUAGAUCACUUUUAAUUUAACCAAGCUAUUUACAACCGAUGCGGCGAUGAGAUGCGCAUUUAGUUGGCGGGCAUCCCGUAUAGUGCAGUGGCUCCAACAUCUUUAUUUUCCCUGUCUAAUAACAUAUUUGUAACAAAUGUUAAAAUGUGAAUUGAUUGCUGUGAAUUGUAUUAAUAAGGCUAUACAUUGAAAUAACUUCUAACCUAUUCAUUAAAACCAGAUCAAGUUGACAUAACAUGCUGAAUUAAAUAACUUUGGAUGUUAAAAUGCUCUCAAAACUCCUAAAACUCUAAACUAUAUCGACUUAUUUAAAAAAAUAAAAUAAUGUUAAUCCACCCCUGGAGUUGCGAGUUUGAAUCCAGGGCAUGCUGAGUGACUCCAGCCAGGUCUCCUAAGCGACCAAAUUGGCCCAGUUGCUAGGGAGGGUAGAGUCACAUGGGGUAACCUCCUCGUGGUCGCGAUUAGGGGUUCUUGCUCUCAACUGGACGUGUAGUAAGUUGUGCGUGGAUCGUGGAGAGUAGCAUGAGCCUCCACAUGCUGUGAGUCUUCGCGGUGUCAUACACAGCGAGCCAUGUGAUGAGAUGCGUGGAUUGACUGUCUCAGAAGUGGAGGCAACUGAGACUUGUCCUCUGCCACCCGGAUUGAGGUGAGUAACCGCACCACCAUGAGGACCUACUCAGUAGUGGGAAUUGGGCAUUCCAAACUGGGGAGAAAAUGGGAUAAAAUUAAGAAAAAAAAAUACAAAAAUAAUGUUAAUUACAAAUAUAUGUAUGAACUGAUUAUGCAUUUUAUUUGUUAUAACUUUUGUUCUUUGCAUCAAAAGCAGCUUGUGACCACAUAAAUAAGCUUCUCUGUAAAAUGUAAAUUAUUUUGGAUGAUAAAAUAUGCUAUUAAAACUUCAGCCUCUCUUUUUUUUUUUUUUCUCUG